AUGCGUCUCCUCAUCCUCUUUCUGACGCUGCUUUCGGUUGCAGCAGGCUUCACUUUGCAAAAGACCGAUGGCACCACGAUCGAGCUCGGCGAUGAGCCUAUGGUCAUCGACGGCAGCGACGUGAUCAUGCCUCAGGACAUCUUCGCUAGCGCGUCCCGCGUCAAGCUCGACGGCAUCUCCGAGGCUACCGACGUCAGCACUGCAGGCACUGGCAAUCCUCCGGCUGCUGUAUACCUCUACCAAGAACUCUACAGGCAAGGCAGGCGAGGUAGUGCCUACCUAUGCUCUACAGGGAUGAACGGUUGCCUAGCGGACGGCGCGCCUUUUACCUGCAAAUUAUACGAGAAUUCCAAAUGCCAAGGUAACCCGUCGUACUCGGCCCGCGAAUCCAUUGCAAAUCUUGCUACUAUCGGAUUGGAUAACAAGAUCAAGUCUGUCGACUGCUACUUCGACACGCUGCACGGUUAG